AUGUGGAAAGAAAGAUUGCCAGAAAUUUGUCGGCCCUACGAUCAGAAGGACAUCUUCAACCUUGAUGAAAGUGGUCUUUUAUACCGGGCUCUCCUAGACGUCCGUGGUACGGAUUGUCAGGGUGGCAAACGAUCAGAGGAACGCUUGACCGCCAUGCUUUGCGUGAACAUGAAAGGCGAAUUCGAAAAGCCUUUGAUCAUCGGAAGGUGUGAAAAGCCCCACUGCUUCAAAUGGAUCAACACAAAGGUACUACCCAUCAUAUGGAAAAGCAACAAACGAGCGUGGAUGACAGCGGCGCUGUUCAAAGAAUGGUUGGAGAAAUUCAACGAAAAGAUGAGACGUCAGAAACGGAACGUCAUUCUGUUUUUGGAUAACGCCACAUGCUACCCCCCUUUGGAACUUAGCUACGUCAAACUGGUGUUCUUCCCGCCGAACACUUCUCACCUGCAGCCGAUGAAUCAGGAGAUCAUCAAAACAAUGAAAACGCAUUAUCGUCAAAUGCUACUGCGUAAAGUCAUCAAGGACGUCGAAAACGGUGGACAGAAAACGAACGUGUCCGUUCUUGAUGCGUGCCUAUGA